AUGCUGGGAACGUACUCGGCCCUGAGGAUUAUGCUCCAGCAGCAAAGUGGCUUUCCUUGAUCCGACAAGCUCUAAAUGGCAAGUCGAACAAUUCUAGUCAUAGUAACAUCGUCAGUCCUAUGUUGAAACAGUCUCCUAGCCCAAAUGAUAGACAUCAAAUGACUCCAAAUCCAAGGGUCAGCUCUUUGAAUUUGUUGUCAUUAGAAGAUGAGCUUGAUCGCAAGUGUUUUGAAAGAUUUGUAAGUUCUAGAUCAAGUUCCUAUUCUAGUGAAGAAGGUUCACUUAGUCCAACAAGUGAACUAGCUACACAUACCAGUACCGUACAACAUCGAUAUAAACUAGUUUCCAGUAAACAGAUGGUUGGGAUCUUUUUAUGUGUAUGGGUUCGUGAGGAAUUAUGUCAACAUAUUAGCUCCAUCAAGGUUUCUUGCGUUGGAAGAGGCAUUAUGGGAUACCUCGGAAAUAAGGGAUCGAUAUCUAUCAGCAUGACAUUGCAUCAAACAACAAUUUGCUUUGUAUGCACUCACUUGACCUCUGGAGAGAAAAAGGGCGACGAAAUUAGAAGAAAUUUAGAUGUAACAGAAAUUUUAAAGAGGACAAGAUUUUCUCAUCCAUGUCGAAUACCAGGAAAACCAAUUCUACCAGAAAACAUUUUGGAUCAUGACAAGGUAAUUUGGCUAGGAGACUUGAACUAUCGACUUGCAUCUGUUUGUGAUGAAACAUAUGAGCUACUGAAGAGUAGAGAUUGGCAAGCACUUUUAGAGAAAGAUCAGCUGAAGAUAGAACGA